AUGACGACGGAGAAGGAGCUCUUCGAGAAGUUCGCCUGCCACUGCCGCGCCACGACUGCCUCGCUGCAGGGCGAGCUGGACGCGGCGGAGAAGGCGAUCCCGGAGCUGGACUCGGAGAUUUUAGAGCUCGAGAGCUCCGGGGAAAGCUUGGGAAAGGAAUUGGAGCGCGAGACCCGGGACAACUCUGAGGCUGUAAGCGGGGAGAAGAAUGUGCGGCAGCUGCGGGCCCGGCAGAGCCAAGAGAGCGAGUUGCGGCUCAAGGAGCUCGCGGCGACCCUGCAGAGUUUGGAAGCAGCCAUCAAGGCCAUCCGAGAAGGAAGCAGCCUGCUGCAGGUGCCCAUGAUGGACCUGCAGGAGGUUCUGGAGCAGCGCCUGGACAGCGACAGGAAGAGCGCGGUCUUGAGCUUCCUGAGUGCUGGCUUCGGUUUGGACGGAGAGGGUCGAUCCUCGCCGGCGAGCAGCAGCGAGGUUUUGGGUACUCUGGAGGCGGUGCUGUCCACAGUGCAGACAGACUAUGAGCAGGCAAAGGCCGCAGACCGCAGCGCCGCCCGGGACUUCGGGGGCCUCCUGCGCUCCCGGCUCAGCGAGGGCCGGUCCCUGCAGCAGUCGCUGCUGAAGAAGUCGCAGCGCCUCGGGGGUCUGAAGCUGCGCCUGGUGGAGCUGCGCAAG